GUCACACCUUUGUCUUAAAUGUUCAAGAACUGGAUCCGCUCACCUUCCAUUCCCCCUCACCGGGCCCCACAACUCCACCACGCCCCACUGCGCCGCCUCCGACGCCAGCCGAUGGCAUCGCCCCUUCUCCUCCUUCGAACCAUCUCCUCCUUCUCUCCCCUCCGAGUCCUUCUCCUCCUCUCCGCCGUCCUCAUCCUCUCCUUCCUCCUAUUCGUCCCCAAACCCCUCCUCCGCCCCCCGGACGGUGCCGCAACCCCGCGGCCGCCGGCGCCCACCCCUACCUCCCCCCGCCACCUCCUCUUCGGAAUCGCCUCCUCCUCCAGGUCUUGGCCUCGCCGCAAGCCCUACCUCCGCAUCUGGUGGCGCCCGGGCCUCAUGCAAGGCGCUGCCUUCCUCGACUCCCCCUCCGCCCCAGCUUCCGGUGACGACGAUGACUCGCGCCUCCCCCCCGCCCGCGUCUCUGCAGACGCCUCCAACCUCCCGUACGCCUACAAGGGCGGCCUCCGCUCCGCCGUCCGCGUCGCCCGGAUCGUGAAGGAGCUCAUCGACGGUGUUGUCGGCAAUGACUCCUCACCCGUCGCCCGCAGCGACGACAUCAGGUGGGUCGUGCUCGGCGACGACGACACGCUGUUCAUCCCGGAGAACCUCGCUGAAACCCUGGCGAGGUACGACUGGGAGCAGUGGUACUACGUCGGCGCGGGGUCGGAGAGCGUGGAACAGAACGCGAAGCAUUCCUUCUCGAUGGCAUUCGGGGGAGGGGGCUUCGCGAUCAGCUAUCCGUUAGCGAAGGCUUUGGCUAGGGUUUUGGAUUCUUGCCUUGUGAGGUAUGCCCAUUUGUAUGGGAGUGAUGAUAGGGUCUUCUCCUGCUUGGCCGAGCUUGGAGUUGGGUUGACACAUGAGCCGGGGUUCCAUCAGUUUGAUCUUCGUGGAGAUAUUUUUGGGAUUUUGUCAGCACAUCCAUUGUCUCCUCUGAUAUCACUUCAUCAUAUCGAUCGUGUGGAACCAAUAUUCCCAGGCAUGACUCAUGUAGCAGCCUUGGAUCAUCUAUUUAAAGCUGUAAACAUUGAUCCAGGCAGGAUUUUGCAGCAAACUAUUUGUUAUGACAGCACAAAAUUGCUUACUGUUUCGGUUUCCUGGGGAUAUGUGGUCCAGGUUUUUGAAGGCAAUCAACUUCUUGUAGAUCUGCUUUCUUUGCCACAAACAUUUACUCCAUGGAGGAGAGGUCGUAAUUCUUCUUUAAUUCCAUAUAUGUUGAACACCAGGGAGCUCAACAAAGAUCCAUGUAAAAGACCAGAUAUUUUCUUUUUUGAGAGUGUGGCUUUGAAUAAGGAGAAAAUACAGAGCAAUUACACAAGGCAUGCAUUUGGAAAUUGCCAACAAAAAAUGAGUCCGGCCAAGGAUCUUAAACAGAUCAGGGUGUUCUCACAACAACUCCGUCGUCAGUCUGGGCUGGCCAUACGACGAGAGUGCUGCGAUGUUUCACAAACAUCUUCUGAAACAGUCAUGGAGAUAAAUAUCAGGAAAUGUAAAGAUGAUGAGUUAAUCGCGAUGCAUUGGUAGACAGGAUGAGAAUAGCUUAACCAAACAAGUUUGGAGAAAAACUGAUAUGGUUAAUUUGAGGAAAAGAAUGAAAAGAAUAUGUUUUUUGUUGAAAAUAGUCUAGACAUAUAAAUUUUUCAUUUAUACAUGAAGUUUAUGCUUUUGGUGUCAAUUUUCUUUUUGAAUUUUUGAACCAUUGUAUUUGUCUACAUUUGUCUGUUGCUGGCACAUUGUGUCAUGAACCUUUACCAUGGCUACAAAGACGAAGGCAUUUCAUUACCACACAAAUGCAGCACUUUUCAAGUUAAGGAAGAUGUCAAUCAUCGGAAUAUAGUCGGUCAUACGAUGCAGAUGCCUGAUGCCUAUCAAAAGGGAGAAGGUACUUCUACCUGCAAUUCAGGUCAUAACCUACAUAGUUGCUAAGUUAUAUUCUGUCUAGUAUUAGUUUAUGCUUCUCUUUGGAAUGAACAUUUCUUUUGUUUAUCAUGUUCUAUUUUUCCUACUUUUAUGCUAUUCUUUAAAUCAAGCAAAAUGUCAGUGAUGAUGCCAGGAGACUUGCUUUGUUUUGGUGGCAAAUCGCUCCUACCUGUAUUGAAUAAAACUAGCCAAAAAUGAUCUGACCUUUUAGGACAGGAUGUGAUAGUUGGAUAGCAGCAAUUAAGAGUAUAUUUCUUUUGCUAUGUCAUGAUGCUAGUCAUCAGUGUUACAUGUCUUUCUGAUUUGGAACUAUUCUGGAUGAGCUGGUGUAAUUAGUUUAACUUUGCAAUUAGUUUAUAUAUAUGGAUAAAUAACUAUUAUAUAAGCCUUUUGUUUAUAUCAUAUACUUUGGAAGACAUUAAGAUGACACAAGUAUUUUGAUUCAAGAAUAGUCAUAUCCCUAGAUGACAUUGAGAUCCAUAAUCCCCCCUCCUAGACACCUCCUGCCCUAAAAAAUCCUUCAGGCUUUAGGGGGUCGUAUUUGGUCUGCUCACUCAAAAUUGCAUGGCACCCUUGCAAAAAGAGACUUGUGUACUAGAACAAAGAACUGUGCCCCCUGGACGGUGGGGCAGAUUGUUGGGAUGGGUAACAAAGAUAUGAGCUCAAGGGGUGACCAAAUAACAAGAUGAUAAUGACUUACUGGUCAUACUUUUGACUGGAGAUGGUGAUUACUAAAAGAGUUAAAAUUUAUAUCAAGACAAGAGAUGUGCACUUGAAUAUGAUUUUGCACAAAAAAAGCGAAGGGUGCAAGGAGAGCAUGAUGAAGAAAUGGGAAGCAUUAGAUUCUUCCCCCUUGAGCAAGAAGAGCAUGAUGAUCAUUUUUAAGUGCUUGUCAAACAACUCUUUGUCAUUACUGUUGUUAGUAAAUCACUUAGCCUUCUUAUCUCGAUGUUUUCUGAUUAUUGAACUUCAUAAUCCUCAUGAACAUUACUUUUUAAAAUGACUAUGUUUAUCUGUUAAAUUUCCACGAGUUCUCUGUCUUAAAUUGCUAGUCUUUUAUUUUCUUUUAGAUUUCUAACGUGAGAGUCGAGACAAGUUGCAUUUAUAUUGAAUUAGUUGCAAAGAUACCUGUAUAAUUCCUCUUCAUAGAAGUAACAGAAAGAAAUAUGCACCUAUGCUUUAUCUUAUUCUUCAUGUUAGCUGCAAAAGAAGAGAUUUCCGUCGGUUCUUUCCAUUUUUUGUUGCUUGCUUUUUUGGCAUGCUUUGAUUUUGUUGUCAUCUUAUUUACGGAUUAUCGUCCAUCAGGAAGACUAUUCUAAUUGAAUCUGCACAAUCAAGAGUUUCACAUGUUGGACAUAGUGUAUAACUAUUUCUACUUUUUGAACCCAUAUAUUGGAUUUGCAGUAUGAUUAUCAUAUCAUUUGCUUAUGUUGCUCUUUUAACCCAGAUAUUUUCUUACAAGCCAAGAAUUCAGUUCAGUCUCCUGACCCUUUUUCCAUUUGUGAUUAGCUGACAUUAUCUUCCAUCAUGGAAUGCCAUUUGGGCUUUUAUAAAUGGCUACAAGACUGAUUCAGAUUGUUGUCCUUUAAAGAAAGAUUGGUUCGUUCGAGCUGCUUAUAACAUCUCUGCAUUUGCUGACUGAUGAAAGGCAAACCAACCUUCAGAGAAUAGAUUGACCUUCAUCGAGUAGCAUUGUUCAUUCUUUGUUCUUAAAGGAGUUACUGAUUCAUCAAUGAAGAAGCAAACUCAUGAAUGAGCUGGACGAGUACGAGACAUCCAAACCAAAUAUCUGGCUGGGUAGAUCAAGAUUCAUCUGAGACGGAGAACAUCUGCUGGACUUUGUACACUUCAAACCAUGUCUACAGGUCUGGUUUUUCUCAGUUCAGAAUUUGGACAGCAAAAAAGAUUCACAAACCAGUUUGUAUGUGCCAGUCCUUUUGAUACAUUUUGUAUCCAGAGACCAGAGUUCUAUAACUUUUUAAGAUUACAUCAGCUUCUUUUAGUUCAUGCUUCUAAAUGGUUGACAAUGGAACUGUAUCAUCAAUCUAUAUUAUGUUAAUGAAAUGCUUUACCAUUCUGUGACAUCUUGACAUCA